AACUCAUUAUAUCGAUACAAAAAGUUUGGUCACGAUAGUUGUCAAAACAUUACAAUCAUUAAUUUAUUUGAUCGAGUUCGUAAAUACAAGUCAUGUAUGCUGUUCGCUUGUUAUCAAAGUCGGGUGUUCAGAGAAUUACAAUACGCGAUCUUUCAAGCCUAAAUUCUGGUCGUUCUGUUCUGUUUCACCUAAAACCAAAUCAAAAUACAUCAGCAUUUAAAAGAUUUUAUCAAACAAGGACCAAUGCAUGGAGAACUUGGGAAUCAGUUUCAAAACCAAAGGGAAUAACAGCUGAUGCAACUGGACGAGUUAUUCUUGGAGGUGCCUCAUUGGCAGGCAUUGGUGCACUUUGCUACUAUGGACUUGGAUUGUCCAAUGAGAUUGGAGCAGUUGAUCGAGCUAGUGUAUGGCCGCAAGUAGUCAAAGACCGUAUUCAAGCAACAUAUGGCUACUUUGCUGGAAGUUUGAUUGUGACAGCUGCAUCAGCAUAUAGCAUUGCACGAUCUGCAUUUGUUUAUCGAUGGAUGAGUGCAAGUCCCUGGCUUACAGUUGGUGGUGGGAUGAUUGCAAUGAUUGCAACAUCAAUGCUAUCUUCUGCAUUACCUUAUGAACCUGGUUUUAAUGCCAAACAUCUUUCAUGGCUUGCUCAUAGCAGUGUUGUUGGCCUUGUCAUUGCUCCAUUGAUGUUGCUUGGUGGCCCUCUUGUGGUCCGAGCUGCAGCCUGCACGGCAGGUGUUGUUGCCUCUUUAUCUUUGACAGCUGCUUGUGCUCCAAGUGAUAAAUUUCUGGCAUGGGGUGGACCCCUUGCCAUGGGUUUGGGUGGAAUAUUUGUGGCAUCAAUUGGAACACUAUUUCUUCCUGCAUCAGGAGCAGUAGGUGCUGGUCUACAAGCUGUUGUUACUUACGGUGGUCUGGUUAUCUUUGGAGGAUUUAUGUUAUAUGACACUCAGAAAAUAAUCCGAAAUGCUGAAACAUACCCUGUUUAUGGUGAAGCUGUGUAUGAUCCAAUUAGAGCGUCAAUGGGGAUAUAUAUGGAUACCAUUAAUAUCUUCAUUCGUAUCCUGAUUAUCAUGGCCAACAGUAAUGGAAACAGACGCAAGUAAAAAGAAGUCAAUCUGUGUGACUAUUGAUGCUUUUUGGAUGAAUUCACAAUGAAAAUGUCAUUUCAUGAUAGUAUUCUUUAUGUGUUAUGUAUCAAAAUAUACCUACUGUUGUUAAAAGUGAAGUUGUAAAAACAUAGCGAUUCUAUAGUGAUUUAAUUAUCAUACUUGUAGUUUUUCUAAAUUGUAAAGAGUAUAUAAUCUUGUUAUAAAUGUUAGUUGUUUUAAUUGCUAAUGGUAAGAAAUAAAAUAAAUUGUAAACAAGCGUAA